AUGAAUAUCAACUUUGUGUCCUAUGUGAAUCUAGCAACCAAAGCACUACCCAUGCUGUCUGAGUCUAAUGGUAGCAUCGCUGUGGUCUCAGCUGGUACAAGUUUGUUUAGUUUGCCUGGUGUUAUUGCCCAUUCUGCCUCCAAACAAGCAUUGAAUGGGUUCUUUGAAGGAUUCAGGCUUGAACUCAAUUAUAAGGAACUAAAUGUAUCUGUAACACUGCUUUUUCUUGGCGGUGUAGCCACUGAUCAUGCCAUUGAUCUGGUACAAGAUCGUGACAUGUUGGCACAAUUCGGCGAUCCAGAUGAGGCUGCCGCUUUCAUCAUGAAAGCUACGAGUUCCAAACAGACAUGGGCUUACUACCCUUGGGCUGCAGUCAGAAUUCCUGAAAUAAUACAUACUAUUUCACGUGAUCUAUGUGAUAUCAUGAUGACAAACUCGUUUUUCCCGAUGUUGAGAAUGCUGAAGAUAUAA